AGCCGGCCUGGGGCCGAGGCCGCCCGAGCCGCGCUGCGAGCGAACAUGGCAGCAGAAUGAGAAGGCUGGCGCCGGGUCGUGGCCGCCGGCGCCGCGCUGCAGCUCGAGAUCCGCGCCCGGCGCCCUCCGAGCCGCGUGUUUAGCCGGCCUCCUGGUGGCCGCUGGAUUAUUUCAUUCGGAGCCGAGGGCUGGCGAGCAAGGGGACCCCGCAGCCGCGCGGGUCCGUGCUCUGGCUGGGUGUAGAGGCUCGUGCGUGCGAGUCGCCGGCUGCGGAAACCACGCGGGAGAGAGCGGGUCCCGGGCUGCGGCGGCGCGGACGCGGGGAUGAGCCGGCCAUGGGGCGGCCUCGGCGGGGCUCGCGGAGCCGGCCGGCGCUGCGGCGGGGGCGCUGCCUGAGCCGGGGCUCCGCGGGGCUUCGGGGCCUCGGACGCCCCGGGGGGGUCCCUGCCACCGCCCCCGGGAGGGACGAGAGCCCCGCGUGGCGGACACUGCAGCAGACGCCGUACUGAGGCGCCCCGAGCCUGCUCCGCCUGCAGCUCGGUGCGCCCUCGGCACCCGGGCGCCUUGCCCGGGGCACGGGCGGCUGGCGCACCGCGGCGAGCCGGGUGCAGGACUGGCUAGAGGAGUGUGUGUGAGCGUGUUCGAUUGGAGAUCUGAGCUAUAGCAGAACCCGGCGGACCAGAGCAGCCAUGCUGCCCGGGGUGGGCGUGUUCGGCACCAGCCUCACGGCCCGUGUCAUCAUCCCGCUGCUGAAAGAUGAGGGCUUCGCGGUGAAGGCGCUGUGGGGCCGCACGCAAGAGGAAGCCGAGGAGCUGGCCAAGGAGAUGAGCGUCCCCUUCUACACCAGCCGCAUUGACGAGGUGCUGCUGCAUCAGGACGUGGACUUGGUGUGCAUCAACCUGCCGCCGCCCCUCACCAGGCAGAUCGCUGUCAAAACCCUGGGCAUCGGCAAGAACGUCAUCUGCGACCGCACGGCCACCCCGCUGGACGCCUUCCGCAUGAUGUCGGCCGCCCACUACUACCCCAAGCUCAUGAGCAUCAUGGGCAACGUGCUGCGCUUCCUGCCGGCCUUCGUGCGCAUGAAGCAGCUCAUCGAGGAGGGCUACGUGGGCGAGCUGCUGGUGUGCGAGGUGCAGGUGCACGGCGGCAGCCUGCUGGGCAAGAAGUACAACUGGAGCUGCGACGACCUGAUGGGCGGCGGCGGCCUGCACUCGGUGGGCACCUACAUCAUCGACCUGCUCACCUUCCUCAGCGGCCAGAAGGCCGUCAAGGUGCACGGGCUGCUCAAGACCUUUGUGAAGCAGACCGACCACAUCAAGGGCAUCCGCCAGAUCACCAGCGACGACUUCUGCACCUUCCAGAUGGUGCUGGAGGGCGGGGUGUGCUGCACCGUCACCCUCAACUUCAACGUGCCCGGCGACUUCAAGCAGGACGUGACCGUGGUGGGCUCGGCCGGGCGCCUGCUGGCGGUGGGCACGGACCUGUACGGGCAGCGCAACGGGGCCCCGCAGCAGGAGCUGCUGCUGCAGGACGCCACGCCCGUCAGCAACUCCCUGCUGCCCGAGAAGGCCUUCAGCGACAUCCCGUCGCCCUACCUGCGCGGCACCAUCAAGAUGAUGCAGGCCGUGCGCCAGGCCUUCCAGGACCAGGACGACCGGCGCACGUGGGACGGGCGGCCGCUCACCAUGGCCGCCACCUUCGAUGACUGCCUGUACGCGCUGUGCGUGGUGGACACCAUCAAGAGGUCCAGCCAGACGGGCGAGUGGCAGAACAUUGCCAUCAUGACCGAGGAGCCCGAGCUGAGCCCCGCCUACCUGAUCAGCGAGGCCAUGCGACGCAGCAGGAUGUCCCUGCACUGUUAGCGCAGGCCUGGGGACCUGCGGGGACGCAGGUCACAGAAAUCCAAAAGUUGUCUCUGGCACGCAACUGAGGUGUAGACAUCUCUUCAGGUGACUGGUGGUAGAAUCAACAGGCCGUGAGUCUGCCCCCCCUCCCCUGCCCCGCCAGGAUCCCAGGCUCUGAGGAGGCAGAAUCUGAAAUGAACAGAAUAGUCCGUUUUAUCCUCCAUCCUCCUUCUAGGGUUGAUACCCUGUGUCACCCCAAGCUGCCCGUGGGUGCAGGGUGGGCAUGUCCAAACCCCACGGGAAUGUUGGUCAUUUUCUAGCACAGAGGAAGAAGGAUUGCCUUCCCGGAAAGAGUCACCCUACUUCCUGGGGCCCCGUUGCAACCUGGCUAGGUUAGUCAGCUGACACUCUCCGGGGUACAUGAUGGUCCCUGACAUCAUGACUUCAUAAUGAGCAUGCCGGCUUUUGUAGCUGUCAAUUCAAAACUAGACAUUUAGUAGAAGGAACGAGUCCCAGUAAUAGUUUGAGCAGAGGGCUGUGCGGUGGACUGUUUGGGGUCAGGUUCUCCUAAAUCGCCCUCUGGAUAAAUAACUUUUGUAGACACUGAGUGGAAAGAUUUUUUUUUUUUCCCUAUCUAGCCCAAAAGGUUGUGAUUAAGGAUGAAGGGAGAGGAAACUAGAUGAUGCUAUGGGUCUCAUUUUCCUAAGUCGUUUAUAAUCUAAGUAGGGCUAUUCCAGGGGUUUCAGUUUUAUGUUUCUGUACUUAACCAAAAGACUUGGGAAGUUUUUGUGUUUUUUUUUUUCUUCCAAAGGCCUCUGAGUUCUGUGAUAAAUAUUCAGUGUCUAAAACAAAAAAUUCUCAUUUGGGGCUAGGGUAUAUAGAAAGAAAAGAUAUAUUCUUGAAAAGAAGCAUGAAAAAUAUUUUAGUAAGGACUCAAACUUUAUCUACUGAAAUGCAUGUAGUAGGUAGAUGCAGGAAGGAGAGGAAGAAAAGACCUAAGUAGUUCAUUUGUAAAUACAAAAAUUAUAGGAAAUGAGUUUAAGAUACUUCUUUAGUGCUCCUUUUCGCCCCUGGACUACCACUUGCAAAGCCUUGAUUGAGAGCCGUAAUGGGGAGCUGAGAUGUCAGGCUUUUGACAAAGCCUCCUUGGGGCAAACCCCAGCACCUCUUAGGGUGCUCAGGGGGCUGGGUACCAUUGGGCGACUGUGACCCAGGACGAGGCCCUAGCAGCAAUCCAGCCUCUUUCCGCUCUGGUUACGGUGUUUCAAAGACCCCGUGUAAGGGAGGCACCAUUUUAGGGUCUUCACAUUUAGUCUCUGUUGCUUGAUUUGUGCCCAUCGUUGUGUGGAUGCCUCUGGUCCUGGAAAUUUGGGCUCAUGCUCCUGGCUGCUCAUGCUACUGGUUGAGAGAGGUUGGAGGUCAGUGGUUCUUACCUGGUAUUCGCACGUGUUUGGAAUGCUCUGGGCUUACUUGGAAAGUUUGGAUUCUCUUGAGUUUUCUUGAGUCCAUGACCACUGUCUGCUCUUGCAUGAUUUCUCCUCUCAAUGGGAGACAUGGUGCAGGGUACCACAUAUGCUCCCUACCUCCCUGGUGGCAAGUAUCUGUGGGUCAGGUGUAUCUGGGCUCUCUAGGGGCAGUCUUGGCUGACUUCACUCUAAGACAAACUUCUCCCGGACCCCUUCCCCAUUGACAGAGAGCCACCCAAGUACUCUCUGUGUGCCAACAUUUCUUGAUCAUCCACUGUGUGCAGGGUAUUUUAGGUAAAUUAUGUCACUGAAUCCCCCCAAUGACCCUGUGGUAUUAGGUAUUGUUCUUCCCAUGACACACAUGAGAAAAUCAAGGCCUUUACAGGAAGAGUAGCUUGCCCAAAGUCACACAACUAUUAAGCAGAAGUGGAGUCCCCUGAAUCCAAAACUUUUCUUCUCCAAACCACGUGGCCUCCCGAGAAGAAAGAUCUGUACCCCUGCUGUUCUUGCCAGGAAGGAGGGCACUCCUUGUUGAGCACUGAGGGGGCCCUCUCGCAUCCCGUGGAGCCUCCCGUGUCUCAUGCUCAAUGUGACCUGCAUGGGCCUCUCCCCAACUGCUGUCUGCACCCUCCUGUUGAGCAGGAUCCCACAUUUGAUGGUGUGCCAGAAGGUUCCUUAUAGAACUGCAAAUAGAAGCAGUUGAUUUUUCUUCCCCUUCCAAAAUGGAAAUGGCACUCCGCUUCUUUUAAAACCGACUUCCUAAGUUGAUUCUGAUCGGAGGUGAUGCGGCAAACCACAGAGUUGGGACUUUUCAAGACGCUAUUGGCCCACUGUUAUAGGUGGCCUUGGAUUUUGCUCUGGGUGGUCCAAUAAUAGGAAAAUGUCUUCUCAGGGAGUGGGGCUUUUAGAGUUCAUUUGUUUGUGACUCCGAUUUACCUGUGCAUUUUAUUCAUACCUCUACACUCUCAACUCUCCUCAUCUCCUCUCCUAGCCCAACUGUUGAAUUUGAGCUGGGUCAUAAAGUAGGUGUCGGGUGGCAUUGUUUUUCUUCUGGUGGAUAUGGGGGUUAGAUUUCAGCAUGCUGGGGAGACAUCCUGGGGAGAAAGCAGCUCUGGUGGCAUCCGAAGGGACUCCAGAGCCCAGUGUCUUCACAUCCUUUAUUUUAUAUCCCAGAGAGGUUAAGUGAUGGCAGAGGUCACACUGCUUCUCAGGGGUAGAACCGGGACUAGAAGCCCCACGUUUCAAGUCCCACUUUGCCACACACGGCACCUUCAGAGCCCUCAGUUGGGGACAGGGAGGCGGAGAGGUGCAGUGACCUGUCUGAGGUCCCAUGGCUAGUUGGUGGAGGAGCCGAGAUUAGGACUCAGACCUGCAACCGACUGUAUUCCCUGAGCUACUGCGGCUGAAUCCAUUUUUUAGCAACUCAAUUAUGUCUCCAAUGUACUCAGAAACUAGCUGGUUGGUUUUUUUUUUUUUAAAGAUUUCUUAUUUAUUUAUUUGACACAGAGAGAGACAGCGAGAGAGAGAACACAAGCAGGAGGAGUAGGAGAGGGAGAAGCAGGCUUCCCGCGAAGCAGGGAGGCUGAUGCGGAGCUCGAUCCCAGGACCCUGGGAUCAUGACCUGAGCCGAAGGCAGACGCUUAACGACUGAGCCACCCAGGCGCCCCAGAAACUAGCUGUUUUAAAUUUCCCAAUGUGAUUGUCAUGUGAACAGUUAUCUGUGGUUUGUAUUGUAUUUGGCAAGGAUGGGGGACACAAGUUUCGAUGUCCAUUUUUGGGAUUUCCUGAGGCUAGCUCUGCUAAGAUCACCAACCCCCCCCCUCGCCCCCCGCCCAUGCCCAUUCCUAUUCCUCUCCGAGACACAGAUCCAGGCCUUGGCUGCCUUAUGAUGCCUGCUCCACCUGCUGCCUCCUUUCUUGGGCCAUCAAAGCCCCGAAGUUUCCAGGGCAGAGGCCAUGACAUUGGGGAGCUCAUUAAAAAGAAACUAUCAGAGCCCCGCAUUUCAGGUUUCUUUUGGGGACAGGGAGGAGGGCAAUGGCAGGAGAACUGGUUGUGUCUGCAGCGUGGAGUGAGUCCUGACCAGCGGCCGGCACGCCCCACCUGCCCUGCCCCAUCCUAGGCGGAGAAGCGGGCUGAUGGCAGGCCUCUGAGUCCCAGGGGACAACCCUGACUGAGUCAGGCUCCCAGGACCUCCCACAAGAGGAGUGAGGGCCUCCCAUGCUGCUGUCAGAGUUGAUGGGUUCGUUGGCCCCUCAGAGUCUGGAGGUGAGGCUGCUCUCGUAUCUGAGUGACCACAUCCAUUAGCUGUGGAAGCCGGUGGCCGACUGGCCUUUCUCUUCCCCAUGUCCCAGGCCCUAUUGGCUGGAGCCCUUGCGAGGGCCGCCGAAGCGUCUAGCUCUCAGUCAGGCUACUGAAGUGUUACACUACUGAAUACUCUCGAAUCUGUUGUGCUCUUUUUUGUUUAAACCAGCAGUGAGUAGAGUAAUAACAAGACCGUGUCGUCGCAAUAGCUCUACGCUUAGUGCAGCAUCACAAGCUCGCCUGGGCCAGUGUGGGCAGGUCCUGCAGAAGAACCCUAGCAUCAUGCUGCUUCUCUCAUUCCCCGUCCCCAUCUCUGCUGUCCCCUGCAGCCGUCACAAGGGCUGAGUGGCUGAAUGAGCCCCAUGACUUCUCCUUACGAACAUCAUGACUUCCUUGUGAUUCUACUCCAGUCCCAGGUUAAGCAACAAAACAAAAGCAAGUGACCUGACCAGCUACUUUCCUCCCCUCCUUCUCCUUCAGGCAUCCAGACAUAUCUAAACAUACUUAGCAUUGUGCCCCGUGCCUUGCCCAGGGGAGGGAGAAGUUUCUAGUGAUUAUGGCUUUCUGUUGGCUGCCUGGUGCUUUUAUCGUUCCUCUUCUUCUUCUUCUUCUUCUUCUUCUUUUUUUUUUUUUAACCAAAAUUACAUUUGUUUGAUUGUCAUUGUCAAGUAUGUAUUUAUUGUGUUUUACGAACAUGAGUAUAUAUCUGUACGUAUAUGUAUAAAACCAAACUUAUAUAUAAAAAGUCAAGGCAUGUAUACUAGAUAUUUUAAAGAGUUAUUUAUCAAGGGAAAAAGAUGUGUGUUAUAAAGUAAACAGAGUCUAUAUUUUAUAUAUAAUGUAGAUAGCAAAAAAAUAGCUUAUAAAUUAUAGAAGGUUUUGGUUUUCUUUUUUUUUUUAUUAUUAUUAAAGCAAAAAAAAAAGAAAAGAAAAAAAGGACAAUGAAUGCAACUGUUUUUAGUGUUUUUAAGGCCAAACCUACUGUGGGAGGUGACCUUCCCUGCUGGGCUCCUGGGCCAUGCAGUCUGAGCUCCAGACCCGCUGUUACCUCUGCAAUGCUCAGGGGACCGUGUUUAGCAUUGCUCAGCCAGCUGGCCUGCGCCCCCUUACACGUGGCCUUUUGCUGCCCUCUCCAAUUUGCCUUGGUGGGAUAAAGAAAUGAAAGUAGCAAAUAAAGAUUGAAGAGAAGAUACAA